AUGUCGACCUUCGACACAGAUCCGGGAUCUGGGGGGAGCACUGGCUCCACAAAACCCUUUGAAGGGAACACUUGCGACGUAUCCUCGGUUGCUUGCUCUCCUGACGGCAAUCUGAUUGCCUCUGGUUCUUACGAUUAUAGAGUAAGAAUCUGGGACGCCCAUACCGGCCUGCAGAUUGGAGAUGUCCUAACAGGCCACAGCAGCAGCAUUGAAACUCUUGCUUUCUCUCCUGACGGGAAACACCUUGCAAGCGCGUCCUUGUGGACUGUCCGUGUCUGGAAUGUGCUCACACGGGAGCUGAUUCCGUACGAAUUCAAAGGGCACACGGGUUCUGUGUCUUCAGUGAAAUACUCCCCUGACGGACAGCUUCUUGCUAGCGGUUCCAGGGACAACUCGGUCCGCCUGUGGGCGGCCAACUCGGGUGAUUGCAUAGCAGCCCUCGAGCAUCCAGACGAUGUCCUAGACUUGUCAUUCUCCCCGUCCGGCAAAGACAUUGCGACGGCUUGUAGAGACAGAAUGGUACGGAUAUGGGACGUGGCCUCUCGAGAACUCACGUUGCCGCCUCUCUCUGGCCACAGGUCCUCGGUGACAGCGGUUGUUUAUUCUCCAGAUGGAAAGCUGUUGGCCAGUGGUAGCGUGGACUGGACGGUCCGGCUAUGGGAUGCCGGGAGCGGUAGGCCAUUUUGCGAGCCUUUGAAAGGGCAUAGGCUCGCUGUUACUGGUAUUUGCUUCUCUUCGGAUGGCCAGGUCCUCAUCAGCGUAUCAGACGAUCGGACGGUACGAGGGUGGAGUCCUCUGACGGGUGAUUGCGUGUGGGACCCUAUAGAAGGACACACUGACAACAUUAAUUCGGUCAAAUUCACUCUUGAUGGCUCCCGUAUUAUUAGUGCUAGUAACGACGAGACAAUACGCGUCUGGGACACACGGACUGGGAAUUUGCUUCUGGUCGUUGAAGGGCACGAGGAUUAUGUUUUCUCGCUCAGCGUAGCUCCCAAUGGCUCAACGUUUGCAAGCGGGUCAUUCGACAAUACUGUGUGUAUUUGGGACUUGGACACAGGCGCAUUGGUAGCGGGCCCAUACAAACAUGACAAUAAUGUGCAAUCCGUCUGCUUUUCACCCGACGGGUCAUGUAUUCUGUCUGGCUCGGACGACAAAUCUGCCCAAAUAUGGAGCGUCUCGACAGGAACGCAAGUCCUCAAAGUGAAGCACACAGGCACUGUGUAUUGUGUGCAGUAUGCGCCGGACGGGUUUACGUUUCUUAGCUCGUCAGAAGAUAAAACAGUUUCCGUUUGGGACGCAAGCAGUGGGCAACUUAUUCAUUCUCUCAAGCAUGAUGACUUGGUGGGGGCAGCAGCCUUCUCGCCCGAUGGAACACGGAUUGCGAGCGGAACGUUCAGUGGGUAUAUCAGAGUAUGGGAGACCGCGAGUGGGAAUCAGCUUUUAGGGAAGGUAUGUGUUUGA